AUGACGCAUAUAACCGCCUCUCCUCUGCUCGUAUCCUUUUCUAUUCCUUGCAACAUCGCACAUCAUCCUGCUAUUCGUAUCGCUCGCUGCUCACUCUCUGCCAUUCACAGCUCACCAUGGCGCCAUUCGGAACCCUCUACGCCCAAUCCGCGGGUCAGCAAGAUCCAAGCCGUUGCCAAUAUGAACGGCCUGGAGAUCGAGCUAGCGCCCGGAUUCGCCAUGGGCACAACCAAUCGCUCCCCUGAAUUUCUCUCCAAGUUCCCCCUGGGCAAAGUCCCCGCCUUCGCCGCUAACGACACCAACGGCACGAACGUCUGGGAAUCUGACGCCAUUGCGCAGUUCAUCGCCGAAUCCGGGCCAGCCGCGACUCAACUGCUCGGUUCGACGCCCGCCGAGCGCGCCGUGAUCAGGCAGUGGAUCUGCUUCGCGAACAACGAGCUCACAGACCCCGUCGUCCAGCUGGUGCUGUGGCGCAUCGGAAUCGCGCCCUUCGAUGAGAACAAGGAGAAGGCUGCCCUGGCCCGGUUGGACCGAUCGUUGUCUUGUUUAGAUGGACAUCUGAAGGGGCGGACAUGGUUGGCUACGCAGGAGAAAUUGAGUUUGGCGGAUAUCUCGGCUGCGUCUGCCUUGAUCUGGGGGUUCGGGAUGGUUAUCGAUGCCGAUAUGAGGAAGAAGUAUCCCGCUGUUGUCGAGUGGUAUGAGCGUACUCUGGAGACGAAGGGAGUCAAGGAGGCGUUUGGGGAGAAGAAUUUCAUUGAGAAGAGGAAGGAGGGUGGCCAGUAA